AUGGGGAUCUUUGGUGCACACUGGAACACACCCAUCGUCAAAGCCAACAAUCGAAGGAUCACCUGUGUCCUGCUCUCCUCUUUGCUACUUGGCUUUCUGUGCUCCUUCCUAUUUAUCGGCCAGCCUGGGACAGUGAACUGCCUCCUCCGGCAAACUCUGUUUGGCAUCAUCUUCACCAUUGCCGUGUCUUGCAUAUUGGCCAAAACUGUCACUGUGGUGGUAGCAUUCAUGGCCACCAAGCCAGGGAACAGUAUGAGAAAGUGGGUGGGGAAGAGACUGGCCAUAUCAGUCAUCAUUCUUUGUUGUUUCAUUCAAACUGGUAUCUGUGUGCUGUGGUUGGCAAUUUCACCCCCCUUCCCAGAGUUUGACAUGCACUCCCAAGUGGGUCAUAUUAUCAUUCAAUGCAAUGAAGGUUCGGACAUCAUGUUCUACAUAGUCCUGGGCUACAUGGGUCUUCUGGCCACCAUCAGUUUCACGGUGGCCUUCCAAGCACGGACAUUGCCUGAUUCUUUCAAUGAAGCCAAGCUGAUC